UAAGCGCUUAUCUGGUUUAAGUUUUCGGACUAGUGAGGCAGCCUGACAGGUCGUGAAGAACCAACAUGGCAGACGGCCGUAUAAUCAAAACCGAAGGAAAAGUCGGGGGCAUUGUGAUCAGAGAUGAUUGGCCAGGCUAUCGUUUGGACCUCUUUACUUACCCCGAGCACUACUCUGGGGACUUAGAGUGUGUCUACAUCCCUCAUGGCAUCAUCAUGGACAGGACGGAACGUCUGGCCAGGAACAUCAUGGAUGACAUCGGGGAUCACGACAUCGUGGUCCUGUGUGUUCUGAAGGGCGGGUACCAGUUCUGCGCAGACCUGGUGGAGUUCAUCAAGGCCCUGAGCCGCAACUCCAACAAGUCCCUGCUCAUGAGGGUGGACUUCAUCAGGCUCAAGAGCUACCUGAAUGACCAGUCCACAGAAGAUCUGCAUAUCAUAGGAGCUGAGGACCUUUCUGUUCUCAAUGGAAAGAAUGUCUUAAUUGUGGAGGCGAUAGUUGACACUGGAAAGACCAUGAAGGCCCUUCUGAAGCACGUGGAGAAGUUCAGACCGAAGAUGGUCAAAGUUGCAGGGUUGCUUGUCAAGAGGGUCCCCAAUGGUGUAAGCAGCCUACCAGACUAUGUUGGGUUUGAAAUCCCUAAUCGUUUUGUCGUCGGCUACGCCUUGGACUACAAUGAGUAUUUUCGUGACCUCAAUCACAUAUGUGUAAUCAGCGAGAAAGGAAAGAUCAAAUACAAGAUCUGACGCAGGACGCGGGCCACGGACGCAGGCUGCGGGGCCUGCGUGCUCCAACAGGAGGUCUGGGCCGGAGUCAACUCGUUCAUCAAACGCCUUCACUUUCCCUCUGACAGGCUGAGGUUUGCUAAUUGCGCUCCUUAUCCAAAACCCCACACCACAAGUUUGCCUUAGUCCUGACACUAUAAUAAACACUAUAAUAAACGCAAGGCCAGUGACGGUUUCUGUAUG